AAUCCAAAUCUGGAAGGAGUUAAAUUCCGAUUGCAAAACUCAUUCCUGUCCCUCCUCCAGACUUUAUAUUCUCACACAAACUUCCAUUUAAGCAAAUCUGUAUUCAAGUACAUCUACUAUCUGAUCCCUGCACCUCUCAACCAUAUUGGUGAAAUGUCCUUGUUGGCACAGCUGAAUCUUGUCCUGAAAUACAGUACUCCAGUCGGAAGGGCAUGGCUCCCUAUCCUUUUCAUUAUUCGGGUGCUGAUGGCAUUUAUUGCUGAGACAUCAGUUUGGAAGGAUGAAGAAUCUCUCUUUGUAUGCAACACUCAGCAACCAGGCUGUGCCACAUUAUGCUACGGUCACCUGCACCGAUUUACCCAUCCACAAUACUGGUUCCUUCAACUCAUCCUGGUCACUGCUCCAACGUUGCUGUUGAUGGCAUAUUCCUUAACACGACCCGAAGGAUCGAAAGCGGCAUGUGAUGACUGGAUUGCCAUGGAAUCAUCUCAAGAAGGAAAAUCUUUUUCAACAAAGCCUUUAAUAGCGUCUUCUAUUUCUAAAAAAUACUAUAUUCUUAGUCUCUUAUUUAAAUUGAUUCUAGAAAUCGCUUUUUUAGUAGGGUAUUGGUAUUUCGUAGAUUUUCAUGUAUCUGAACAAUACAGUUGUAAAAACUAUCCAUGUCCUCACAAAGUAGAGUGUUUUUACCCAGAUGCCUUUAAAAAAAAUGUUUUCAUCAUUAUUAUGUUAUCACUAACAGGCGUUUCUAUUCUGCUUCUUAUGUUGGAGCUCAUUCUAUUGCUAACAAAAAAAGGAUGUAAAUAAACAAUUUUCUGAGGUUCUAGUAUAUGAUAGCACAUGUUGAUGGCACAACUAUCAGGCCAUCCCCACAUGCCAAGGUCCUAGGUGUACUCCUGGACUCUGAACUCUCCUUUUAAG